UCCUCCACUUCCUCGCCCCUGUCCGUUCGGAGGGCCUGUGGUCAUCCGAUGCAGCGCCAGGAGGCGGAGGUCGGCGGUUCGCCGGAGGUGCGCAUCCUCCUCUCCCGGCACAAGGCGAGCCUUCUACGGGAGCUCGAGGCGACCAACCUCCUCGGCGUCCUCCUCAAACGCGGCGUCAUAACGGAGGUCGACCGGCAGGCACUCGUGAGCAGCGGUUUCGCGCGUCGACCCAACUACGGCAGAAGCGGCGGCGACGACGACGACGACGACGACGUAGACGACGACGUAGACGUAAAUGGUAGCAUCGGCGAUACGACGGACGUCGAUUUAUUCAUCGAGCUCAUCCAGGCCAAGGGUUUCGAGGCCUUCCGCGAGUUCUGCUUUGCCCUCGAGGCCGAAUGCCCCCACGUGCUCACGGAUCUCCUCGUCGAUCAGCACGCACUUACCGGUCAGUCGUCCAGCUUCGGCCAAUCCAACUACCCCGAUUACCCCGCCCCGCGCAUCUUUCACGGUUCUAUCGUUGUUCCAGAGGAACACGAGCUGCAGCUGAGGAGGCAGCAGCAGCAACUUCCGCCGUCGCCACCACUGCCACCACCGCCGCUAUCCCAGCAGGAGUUCAGCCUUGGGCAGAAGUUGCGCUUCAAGGAGGCAACCGAGGAAGAAGAGGAGCAGGAGGAGUUGGCGGCGGCGGAGGAGGUGGAUGAGGAGGAGGAGGAGGAGGAGGAGGAGGAGUGCAGGUGA